AUGUCAACGGAAGCACGCGGCAGAUCACAAAGAUCACGUCGGUCCCACGCCAUUACAGCAUUUGAGUACAUGCAGUCUCGUAACUUUUGGUUGCAUAUGAUUCAAGCAGAGGUGUUCAAGCAAGAACUUUACUUACUCAAGUCAAACAAGAGGUUAUCAAGAAACAGCGCUCUGAUAUCAUUAAAUCCAUUCCUAGACGCAAAUGGUCUACUCCGCGUUGGCGGAAGAUUGGAGCAUUCUCAUCUACCAUUUCAAUCCAAACAUCCAGUUCUACUAGCUGAUCAUCCAAUUACUACAAUGCUCAUUCGCUACACGCACAUAGCCUCGCUGCACGCCGGUCUUCAGUCUACCCUGUCUAAAAUUCGCCAAGAAUUUUGGAUUAUAAAAUCUAGGCCUUUAGUUAAAUCAGUUAUCUACAGGUGCGUUCGAUGCACGCGAGAAAGAGCUCAGGUAGCCAAUCAGUUAAUGGGUCAACUCCCAUCAACUCGAGUCUCAACGCCAACGAGGGCGUUUUUGCACAGCGGCAUCGAUUAUGCCGGUCCAGUGCUCAUUCGAGCCUCUGCUGGUCGAGGAAUCACCUCACGAAAGGCUUACAUAGCCGUUUUCAUAUGUUUGGCAACUCGAGCCAUUCAUCUCGAGUUGGUCAGCGAUUAUUCAACGCCAGCAUUUUUGAACGCAUUUCAACGAUUUUGCGCCAGACGAGGCUUGCCAGCAGUUAUGUAUUCGGAUAACGGUACAACAUUCACAGGAGCCGAUAAAGAGCUAUCCCGCGCGUAUCGGGAUGCUCAACGCAAUACGGAUUUUCUCAAUUUAAUCGCAACAGAUAGGAUCACUUGGAGUUUCAUCCCGCCUCAUGCUCCUCAUUUUGGAGGACUAUGGGAGGCAGGAGUGAAGAGUGUCAAACACCACCUUCGUCGAAUUGUAAGCUCACACGCAUUGACAUUUGAGGAGUUCACGACAGUGUUGUGCAAAAUUGAGGCUAUCCUCAACUCAAGGCCGCUUUCUCCACUCAAUGAUACUCCAGAUGACUACGAGUUCCUGACCCCAGGUCACCUUUUGAUUGGGACUGCCAUUACUACGAAUCCGGAACCUUCCGUUCUACAAUUGAACGAAAACAGAUUGUCGCGAUGGCAAUUACUCAGACAGAUUACGGAGCGUUUUUGGGAGCAGUGGCAGUCAGAUUAUGUCAAUACUCUUCAACAAAGAUCAAAGUGGCGUCGAGAAACGCCUCCGAUUCAGGUUGGCUCAAUGGUUUUGAUUCAAAACCCCCUUCUCCCACCGUGUAAAUGGGAAUUAGGGCGAGUUAUUCAUUGUCAUCCGGGCUCUGACGGGUUAACUCGAGUCGUCUCAGUUAAAACAGCGACGUCCGAAUACAAGCGACCAGUAACUAAAUUGUGCCUACUACCUAUCGAUAUUAACUUAAUCGAUCAACUGUCGGAACGUAAGACAGGUACUGCGGAAAACCCAACUCCAUAA